AUGAACACGGAAUCAAGUUAUCGAGUUGAACAAGUUAAACAAGUUACGACAAAACCAGAAACAAAGAAUCAAAAAUAUUUUAAAUUAACAUUUCAUGAGUUAUUAACCAUUUUGUGUGCAGCUACUGUUCCCAUAGCUAUCGGCAUUUAUACAACAAUAACGACUGAUCGACAAAUAAAAGCAGCUGAAGAACGACGUCAGUUUGAUUUGAAACAAGCAACUGAAUUGCAACAACAACAAAUUUAUAAUGAUUUUAUUGAUAAUAUUUAUACAUUACAUAGAGAUGAUGAAUUAAAUGAAACAUCUAAACCAUGGGCAUUUGCUAAUGCACGUUACAGAGCUGCAGAUCGUCAAUGGGAUGCUAUGCGGAAAGCACAUGCAUUACAAUUUCUCAAAGAAAAAGGGUUGAUUGGGAGAGAAAAGUACACAACAGACUGCGAAGUUAAACAAUUGGUAGAUAUUAUUCGAUUGAAUGAACUGGAUUUAGACAAUCUUCAGCUAACAAGUCAAACUGACAGUUUGAAUAAAUUGAAUAUGAAAUGUGUUCAAUUUGAUCAAGUUUCAAUGGUAAAUGCAUCAUUCAAUUUUGUCAACCUUAAUGGUGUAUCAUUUGCUGGUUCAAGGUUAAAUGGCGCGAAAUUUGAAGGUUCUUCUCUCAUCCGUGCUAUUUUUAACGGCACGGAACUGCAAGGGACAGACUUUGGUGAUUCAGAUUUACGAGGUGCACAGUUCAUUAAUGUAAAUUUAUCGACGGCGAAAAUAACAUCAGAUCAAAUGCAACAAGCUAUAUGCCACAGUACAAUAAUAAAUGAAACAGCGAGCAAAUCGACGGUAGCAGGUAUUUUUUUAAAAACUGUUUUGACUUCAACUCUUCACAAGUGCAAAGGGAUUUUCCUGCUAAACGACCAAAACGAUACGCAUCAUUGUACUGCAAUUAAAAGAACAAACAACUUUUCAACUCCCUUCCAUGUGCUAUGACUAUGUUUCUUUACAGUGCUGAACAUAAAGCAAUUAUUUUUCCCUUUUAUGUUCCACUAACUAUAGUUAGUGAUACUAUAGUAUAACGAAUCCUGCACCAACUUUUGGCAUGAACUCAUGAGUAUUUUUCCGAUUGCAAAAACGCGUCUAAACGCGAUUUCCCCCUGAAAAAGCUUCUAAAUCGCAGGUUUUUAUCCAAAAUUGCGUUUUAUUAGUAAAUCUCGGUUAAACAACGCACCCAGGUGAUUUUUCUGCAACAUAAAUCUGGAAAAAUCUUUGCAGUAACUUUGCAGAUUCUGCAAAGUGAUUCUGUAGAUUUGAAGCAGAUCUGCAUUGCAGAUGUGCCAAGAUUUGACCAAAGAUCUGAUGCAGAUCUGCAAAAAAAUCUUUACAGUUUCUUUGCAGUUCCUUUGCAGGUUUUUUGCAGAGAAACUGCAGA